CGUCCAAUGACUCGUGGCCGUUCGUAGUAUUUCCUUUUAAUAUUUAGGUGGGUUGCAGAUCGGCUAAAUCGAGGAGUGGGUCGAAAACAUUGGUAACGUUUUUAUUAUUUUCGUUUGGCUUACUGUAGUCGGUGAGUGUGAUCGCACAACAUGGCUUCUUUAAGGGAUCGAGCAUUUUGACAUUUAAGAACACGAAAAAGUCCGAUGCAGCUCUCCGCCGUGUUUCAAGCUGCUGGCUGUCAAUUUGUGCUCUAGCUGCAACAGCUUUGACCGAGUCUUUUUCUUCGUUUGCGCUGGAAAAUAACUAUUGCAAGAUAGUGAAAAAUAACAACGCGAGGGCGUUUGUGCUUUUGAACCAUGACCACAGAAGUUGCGAGUGACUUGGACGUGACAGUCAGUUGUUUGGGCGAAGGGAACCAAAACAAGUCGGACACGGAUCGACCCAGGAGACCUGAUCGAGCGAGCCACGAGGAGGGACAGCAGGAUCCUCCUCAGGUCGACUCUAAACAUCAAAAACAAGGGGUCAUGGAAAGUAAAGCGGAUGGGUUAAGCACGGACAACACGAACGACAAGGAGAACGAGCAGAAUGCAUCAAGCCACAAAGCAGAAACUGCCAAGAAAGUGAUCGAGGCUCCUCCGCCAAAAGUGAACCCGUGGACGAAGAGGAACGCGUGCCCUCCUAAUAAUACCACCAACAGCUCGCUACAAACAGAACCCCAGAGUCCUACCAAAGUUGUCCGUGUCAGCAAACCCAGAUCCAGGAAGACCAGUAAGUCGAGUGACUUCAGUGACAUCACAAACUGGCCUACCCCUGGAGAAAUCGCCAAUAAGGAGCAGCAGCAGAAUGUGAUAAACGUGCAGGUGAGGAAAGGGACGUCUGGACGGUGGGAGAGGAAGAAGGAUCGCGGGGGAGAGAAGAGAGAGAAGGAGAGCGGAAGUGAUGGGAGUGACAGUAAGGAGAACAGGGAGGCGCAGUCGGAUCCAAUCACAGGACUUUCGAGUGAGCAGGAGACAGAGGAUGGAGUGGAAAUGCACAACAGUGCCGCCCACAGGAGAGGAGGCUGGCGAAGAGAUAGAGAUUUCUUUGAUGACACAGCGAGCGUUCGCAGCGAGGGCAGCAAUGUCCGUGGAGGCCUCAGGGGCAGGGGAAAAGGUCGCGGCCGAGGCAGAGGUCGUGGACGAGGUCGCUAUGACUACUCCCACAGUUACCGGGACUCUUACCUGGAUGGGUCCACAGUUCCAGCCGAGUUCGGCACUAACAUGGUCUAUUACUACGACGACGGCAAUCGCAUGCAGAUGUAUAUGAUUGAGGAGCGUUUACUUAAAGAAUACAUCAAACGUCAAAUUGAAUACUACUUUAGUCUCCCAAACCUGGAGCGUGACUUCUUCCUGAGGAGGAAGAUGGAUUCAAAAGGCUUUUUGCCCAUCUCUCUGAUCGCCAGUUUCCACAGAGUCCAGGCCCUCACCACCGAUAUCAACCUCAUUAAGGAGGCGGUGAAGAACAGUGAAGUUGUGGAGCUUGUUGAUGAGCAGAUCCGUAGGAAAGAGGAGCCCGAACAUUGGCCUAUCCCGGGUCCCUCUCUGGACUCCCCGCGCACAGAUUUUUCCCAGCUCGUUCACUGCCCAGAGUUUGUCCCAGGACAGACGUUCACCUCCCUCAGCAAAGUGUCAUCCUCCCCAGUCAGUCAGCACAUAGAUGAACCCGGUCUGGUAAAUGGCCAAACUAGUGAUGACACAGAUGCAGCCAAACCUCAGUCCAAAGAAUCCUUUCCUUCAGACUCAAAAAGCAGAUCUAGUGAAGCUGGGAAUAGGCCUAAAGUGCGGUCUAGCAGUCUCUCUGAUCCAGAUGCCCAGCCGUGGAUACAGGUGGAAAAACGGCACAGAAACUCUUCUGGAAAAAAUAAGACCUCAGUAACUCCUCUUCCUCCUAGCCCUCCUUCUUCUCCUCCUCUUCCUCCUUCUCCUCUCCUUCUUGAAUUGUCCCCAUCUGCAGAGCACAAAGAAUUGUUUCAGUCUAGCUCAAAGCAGCAGCCUGAGGCAGACCAGGAGGAGCUGGACUUCCUGUUUGAUGAAGAAAUGGAACGCCUCGCAGCGCCUCGCAAGAACACCUUCACUGAUUGGUCAGAUGACGAUUCUGAUGAUGAACUUGACGACCGAGAUGUAAACAAGAUCCUGAUUGUUACUCAGACCCCCCCUCACCUGCGGAAACACCCUGGGGGUGAUCGGACGGGGAACCAUGUGUCACGUGCCAAAAUUUCAUCGGACAUUGCCAAAGCCAUUAACGAUGGUUUGUUCUACUAUGAACAGGAUCUUUGGACAAAGGAAGAAGGGCAGCAAGAGUGUGUCAAUGCCAAGACCCCCAGAAAGAGGAAAACCCGUCAUAGCUCUAACCCUCCACUGGAGUGCCAUGUAGGCUGGGUGAUGGACUCACGAGAGCACAGACCCCGCACUUCCUCCAUCAGCAGCUCGAAUGCGUCUCCGUCAGAAGGAGCUCCCGCGCUGUCAGGCAGUUACAGCUGCACCCCGCAGUCCCUGCCUAAGUUCUGGCAUCCAUCCCAUGAGCUUUUGAAAGAAAACGGCUUCACCCAGCAAGUUUACCACAAAUAUCGGCGACGAUGCCUUAAUGAGAGGAAGCGAUUAGGUGUGGGUCAGUCUCAGGAGAUGAACACCCUCUUCAGAUUCUGGUCCUUCUUCCUCAGAGACAACUUCAACAGGAAGAUGUACGAGGAGUUCAAGCAGUUUGCCCUAGAGGAUGCCAAGGAGUACUACAGGUACGGACUGGAGUGUCUGUUCCGGUUCUACAGUUAUGGACUAGAGCGGAGGUUCAGACAGGAUAUCUUCAAGGACUUCCAGGAGGAGACCAUCCAGGACUAUGAGAAAGGUCAACUAUAUGGACUGGAGAAAUUCUGGGCUUUCCUGAAAUACGCAAAGGUGAAGAAUCAGCCCAUUGACCCCAAGCUCCAGGAAUACCUCAGCAAAUUCAAGAGCAUCGAUGAUUUCAGAGUAGAUCCACCAAUGGCAGAGGAAGGAGUAAGGAGGAAAGCACACUCGUCCUCCGCAGGGGACGAGGUGAAACGUAGGCGGCACAACUCAACAUCAUCAACGAAACAGACCCCAGUUGCCAAGACAUCUUCAGACAAUCAACCAGCCGCAGGAGUGAUGGCAAAAACAACCACAACGGAUCAGGCCGCUGCCCCAACGACAACGAAAACCACCAAUCAACCAUCAGCCAAGCCAGUCACAGCCAGUCAGAAACCAGCACCUGGUUCCGCCGAAAGCAGCACGGCUAAUGACCCGUCUACAAAAGCUCCACCCAAAGAGAAUGUGAAGAAGAAUACCUCAUCAGAUGCUCGUAAAGGAGAGGCGGCGACGAGCAAAAGCAAAGAUGCCCAACAGCCAAAGAAAUGAACCUCUUGCUACACUAUAUACAGUAUUUUAGUGUGAAUAUAACUCUGGAGCUGUGAACAGAUUUUGAGUGCUGGUGCAGGCUUACGUUUUACACCGUAACCUCGGAAGUGAGCCAGUCAAACCGUUAGAGCAAAGACCAACUGUCAGACCGUUGCAUUCACAAACUGAAGAGUAAACCAGAAAUAUCCUUGUGUUGUACAAGGUGCUUUUUCUGGACAGGUUAACUUCCAUAAGAACUUUUGUUUUUGUUUUUCUUUUAAACUUUCUUUUUUUUUCUGCAGUUAGUAGUUUCAGAAUCAAUUAUGCAUGGUGAACUUGUUUUGCUGUCAAGUUUACAGAAGGUGCAUUCCUACAUUGAAUGCCAUUUUAUCUCUUUUUAAAAUGAGUUUUACCUUUGCAAAUGCCUUACAUUUCAAAAGCAACAAAUGUAUAUAUAUAUUACAGCUCUGUCAGCAUAAGUAAUUAAUAAUCUCUUGGUUUUUAAGUGUUUUUAAUUUGUGCGAAAUGCACAGUACACAUAUUUAGUUCAGUUAUUUUAAAAACUCAAACAAAAGCUCAUCAAACAAUAAAAACUUGAACUUAGGUUGACACAAGAUAACACACUAUAUAGCUUAUUGCAUUUUUUGCUCUUUUAGCUUGUGUAGGAAAUAUGACAGUGAUGGAAUACUAAGUUCUUUAUGCUUUUAUGAUUAACUGAGUGUCUGAGCUGAAUAUCAGAGAAGUACGUAGAUAUCAGUGGUGAGGGAUUGUAAAAAAUGUUAACAUCAUCAGGAACUACGGGAUGUUCCUGCCUUUAAAUGAAUAUUGUGCCGUUCACAUUGCGAAGUUGGUGAUCUCAAAGACGCCACGUCUCCAGUUUAGAUGUAGAGUAGAGGAAGAGAAGACAUCUUUUUGACCUUUUUGAUCAUUUUGACUUAAAUUUGAAAACAUCUGUGUACUUGAAGUUUCUAAGAAAUGUUAACUUUUUUAGAGGAAUUAUUCUUCCUUUUAAAUUUUGAAUCCUAUUGGAGUUGAGUUUGAGAAUUUAUUGUUUUACUCUCUUUUGAAAUCUUAAUUGAUUAUAAUCUUUUUUUUAUUGAUAUUACUGAGAGAGUGUAGAUGACUGCAAACAUGGUGGCCCAGAGAAUACUUUGAUUUGCAUUAUAUUUUUAUUUUUCAGUUUGGAUCGUGGCUAAUAACAUUGAAUCAGUGUUUUUUCUCACUUAUGAUCAGUAAUUAGACACUGAAUUAAUGUCCCGAUUGUAUCAUAUUUGCUUAUGAAAACUGUACAUAAAAAAUUUUUAGAAGCAGCUCUCUAAUUUCAAUCAAUUCAUUUUUAUUGAUUAAAAAAAUAUUGAUAUUUUUGUUUGUGUGCGCUUGUUGUGUUGUAUGUAUGUUGGUUUAAUUUUUUCUUUCCUCAUAAAUUGUAAAAUGUAAAAAAAAAAAAA